AUGGACGUUGAGCUCGAGGCCGACGAGCAGUACAUCCUCCUCUUGCUUUCCGAUAGCAAUCUCCCUACCGGAUCAUUCGUAGCAUCGGCUGGUCUGGAGUCCUAUGGGAAACAUGGUUUCUUAUCCUUGUCCAAUUCUGCAGCGGACGGCACAACCACGUUUGUCAGAGAGAGUCUGGCAACAUACGCUCGAAGCGCACUUCCAUUCGUGUCAGACGCACACAGCAUCGUCCAAAGCAGCCCUUUAGCUGAACCCAUUGACUUGACUGCAGCGACUCAGAAGUUAUCUGCUUUGGACGAGCUUUAUGAGACGACAACUCUAAACCAUGUCGCUAAACGUGCUUCUGCGGCCCAAGGCGUCGCACUGCUUACCCUCUACUCUAAGGGCUUCUCAAAGACUUCCCCCAGCCGCACCUUUACACGCGCAGACAAACUCAAGUCUCUCAUCGACAAGUUCAAGAUGAUGGUCCGACGGGAAGAAACGCGCGGCCACUUGCCCGUAUGUUGGGGUGUCCUGACAGGGGCUCUGGGACUCAGUCUAGAACGCGCCCAAUACUUGCAUCUGUUCCUACACGCCCGGGGGCUGCUCUCAUCGGCAGUCAGGCUUAAUACGAUGGGCCCAUACAGUGCUCAACAGCAUAUAUUACAUACCGUGAAACCUUGGAUCGAAGAAGAAAUAAUUAACUGCAGAGAUCUUCGCACUGGACUAAGUAACACGGAGGAAGCGGACAGUGUUCAAGAAGGGCCCAACAUAGGACCGGCAACGACAUGGCCAUUGGGAGAGAUCUUAGCAGCUCGCCAUGAUUUGCAACAUUCCCGCAUAUUUAAUAGCUGA